AUGGACGUUCGACGAAACGCCUUCUCGCAGAAGGUCAUCGGAGAGUGGAACAGACUCCCUGAUGAGGUGGUCCUCUCUACUGUAACGGAUGCACAGGCCGAGAUAUCACCGCCCAAUAACGCCUUGUGUGGGCCCCCAAAGGAAGAACACGACAAGGAGUAUGCAACGGCAGAAGUCUCUUUGUGUCAUAGGCCCUUUGACGAUGUGACAGCCAAAGUGGAACAGAUCCAAACCAAUAAGUCUACGAUAAAAAUGAAAAUUAUGGAACUGCAAAGGAAGCAAGAUGAGGCGGAGAAAGAAUCCAAUAGACUAAGAGGAGACAUUGAAACCUGUACACAGGUGUGUGUGGCUAAUGAAGAAAAUCUCGAAGGCCUUCAAGACCAGUUAAGGGAAUCUAAUAAACAACAGCAGAGGAAACUUGAAGGUAAGCUUUUUCGCAACACGGGUGUUCAGAUCUUUGUCAUUUACCAAACCAUGCUGCCGAAAAAGCCUUUUGCUGAUGCUGUAGUUCAAAGCUUGAAACCUUUUGGAGACCUGUGUUGGUGGCAACUCUGGAAGUGGAAGGAGCAUAGAUGGACUGAAAUGUGUUCUUGUAAACUGCUCACAAGAGAGACAGAUUGUGGUGGUGGUGGUGGUGGUGGUGGUGGUGGUCGGCUCGCAAUUUGUGCUGGUAGACUCGAUAAGGUCGACGAUAAGAUCCGUUUUAUGCCAAAGGAAUUUAGCUUCGCCGCGAAUGUUCCUGUCUCUGCGAAGGACGUAAGGACAACCUGA